GGCGCCAGCUGCUCCCAGGGCCGCUGCAGCUGGGGCUGGUGUGAGUGCUGCUUUUCUUCUUUGCUGCCUUGUGCAGCCCUGGGAGCGGCACCCCUCUACCUGCCUCUUCCCUAGUCCCAGCCUCGCUCCCUCAUUCCCUCCCUCACUGCCAUGGGAACCUAUCCCUAUUUGUUACAUUGUAAAGUGGGUUCACUUUAUGUGAAUUUAAUUUAUGCGCCGCUCUCUGGGAACACAUGUACAGCAUAAAUUGAGGGAAAUGUGUAUAUGAAAAAAAAAUAGAAUAAAGCUUGCUUUUCAUAGAAUGGCUAAAACAAAACUAAAUUUGCCAGUAUAAUCUUUCUGAUAUGAACUGCUUUCUCUUUUCUUUGUUCAAAUAUGCUCUCAGCAUGGAGAGCUUUUUGAGCAAACUUUCAAGCAAUCUAGUUAUAAACAUUUUAUUUUAUUGCAAGCUAUGUAUUUAUGUAUGUCUGCUGUGCACCAUAACUUGCUUCUCAGUGCCAUCAUCACAAAACCAGAAGAAUAUGCAGUAAGUGGGCUUUUUUUCCUUUGGACACUUUUUUGCUGCUGUUGACUUGUUUACAGUUUGCCUUAUUAAAAUAAAGAUAUUGAUGCACAGCUUAGUCGCACAGAAAAAAUGGAUCAAUGUGAGUGAAUGAAGGAAAACAGUUCAAAGGUUCAGGGAAAAAAAUCAUAUAAAAAUAUGUUAAAAAAUCCUCAAGUGGACAUUGGGCAGUUCCUUUUAUCAUAAAUAUAUUGAAAUAUUCAAACUCUUCAUGAAAAUGCUGGCACACAAAAAUACCACCUAUCAUUAACUAUAGGAUUUCUACCUUGGAAUGCUAGCAAUGCAGAGGAGUGUGUGUUUAUAGAACUAAUAAAAAACCAAACUACCUCCUCCCUGAAAAAAGAUGCCGCUCUGCAAAAUUGUGUUCAUCCUAAAUUUAGGAUAAGUAUGGAUUGAAUAUUUAUUCUAGCAUUUGCUAUUUCACUAAUGUUCUAACAUUCACUGUUGUGUUAAACAUUCUUUAUCUCUGACCAUGUCUGUGGCAGUAUGGUGAGCAACUGAGCACCACCUACCCAUGGGGAAAAAAAUAGGAGCUCAAACACCACCAAGGGUCCUUAAAGGGUCAUAUAUUAUUAGAAGUACUUUUGUGAUGUAAAGACACUUUUCUGGUGCCAUUAAGUUGACAUGAUAAAUUGUGACGCUCCCUUAUUUAAAGUGUAGUUUUAUAAUGAUACAUAUAGUAUCGACCCAUUGUGAUGUAUGCCUCAUUUGAGUUAACCAGCCCCAUCCAAUGGGAAGGACAAGGGGCUAAGGUGGAAGAGACCAGGGGAGCCUUUUCCUGACAAUGGUACCUGAUCGCUCCAGGAUGUUUUCAGCAUCCUUUAACACGUUUUUCAACACAAGUGAAACCACAAGAGGGAAAGAGGACCGAUGAAUUCCAUCUGAGGUGGAUGAAAGGCUGAGAAGAGAAAAGUGCUUUUCUCCUUUAGCUGAAAGGCCUUUUAAAGAAGCUACUGUAUCAAACUUCAGACAAGGAGACAUAGGAGAGAGGCUGUUAUUUCAAGAAACCAAGAAGGACCUGGAGAGAUGGGAAAGGCAGUGCUCAUUCCGAAGGAUGACCAGGAGAAAAUGAAAGAGCUUUUUAAAAUCAAUCAGUUUAACCUCAUGGCCAGUGACCUGAUUGCUCUUAACAGAAGUUUGCCAGAUGUGAGAUUAGAAGGAUGCAAGCCAAAAGUCUACCCUGAUGAGCUCCCAAAUACAAGUGUCGUUAUAGUGUUUCAUAAUGAAGCCUGGAGUACUUUGCUUCGGACUGUUUACAGUGUUAUAAAUCGGUCACCGCAUCAUUUACUUUCUGAGGUCAUCUUGGUAGAUGAUGCCAGUGAAAGAGAUUUUCUGAAGGCUGCAUUAGAGAAUUAUGUGAAAAAUUUAGAAGUGCCAGUAAAAAUUAUUAGGAUGGAACAGCGGUCAGGACUGAUCCGUGCGCGACUAAGAGGAGCAGCAGCUUCUAAGGGCCAAGUCAUAACUUUCUUGGAUGCACAUUGUGAAUGCACUUUAGGGUGGCUUGAGCCCCUGCUGGCAAGAAUAAAGGAAGACAGAAAAACUGUUGUCUGCCCAAUCAUUGAUGUGAUAAGCGAUGAUACUUUUGAAUACAUGGCUGGAUCAGACAUGACAUAUGGCGGGUUUAACUGGAAACUUAAUUUUCGCUGGUACCCUGUUCCUCAGAGAGAGAUGGACAGGCGGAAAGGAGACAGAACCUUGCCUGUAAGGACCCCUACUAUGGCUGGUGGCCUAUUUUCUAUUGACAGAAACUACUUUGAAGAGAUAGGAACUUACGAUGCAGGAAUGGAUAUCUGGGGUGGAGAGAAUCUUGAAAUGUCUUUUAGGAUUUGGCAGUGUGGAGGCUCCCUGGAGAUUGUAACAUGUUCUCAUGUUGGACAUGUAUUCCGAAAGGCAACCCCAUAUACUUUUCCUGGUGGUACGGGUCAUGUGAUCAACAAAAACAAUAGAAGAUUAGCAGAGGUCUGGAUGGAUGAGUUUAAAGACUUUUUCUAUAUAAUAUCCCCAGGUGUUGUUAAAGUGGAUUAUGGUGAUGUUUCAGUAAGAAAAGCAUUAAGAGAAAAUCUGAAAUGUAAACCCUUUUCAUGGUACCUAGAAAACAUCUAUCCGGACUCCCAGAUUCCAAGACGCUAUUACUCACUUGGUGAGAUCAGAAAUGUCGAAACUAACCAAUGUCUGGAUAACAUGGGACGCAAAGAGAAUGAAAAAGUGGGCAUAUUCAACUGCCAUGGCAUGGGAGGAAAUCAGGUAUUUUCUUAUACAGCUGACAAAGAGAUACGGACAGAUGAUUUAUGCCUGGAUGUUUCUAGACUCAAUGGCCCUGUGAUCAUGUUGAAAUGCCAUCAUAUGAGAGGAAAUCAACUCUGGGAGUAUGAUGCUGAGAAGCUUACGUUGAGGCAUGUCAAUAGCAACCAGUGUCUUGAUGAACCCUCUGAGGAGGACAAAAUGGUUCCUACGAUGAAGGACUGCAGUGAAAGUAGAUCCCAACAAUGGCUACUACGUAACAUGACCUUGGGUGCCUAAAGCUAGAAGAAACUUGAAAUGUUCCUUUAAGCCUUGCAAGGUGUCUAGACCUUCAUUCUUCCCUGAUUUGAAUCAGAAGAAAGGAUAUUCCUCUUCCAUUGUUCUCUGUUAAAUGAAAAGCUUUGAAGCCCUGUUGGAAAUCCUACCAUCAGAACAGAGUCCUUUGGGGGCUUUCUUGUUUUGGCAUGUCUGCACAUGCCACUUUGAAAUUUGUAUCCAUUCAAAAUAAGCACAUGAGAAGCUACAAAUAGCAUAAUAUAUGCUAUUAUUAACACCAGAUGCACUUGAAAAAGUAUUUCCAGAUAAACCUUUAUGAACUUAAUAUCAAAGAGUUUGGGAGGUUGUUUUUUGUUUGUCACAUAAUAUUGCUUGAGGGUGACAUAAUGUAAAAUGCCUUAUGAAACUAACUUGCAUUGUGAAAGAUUAUAUCAGUCGUUUUAUAAACUUGCUGUAUUUGUACUGGCCCUUCAUAGCAACAUAGUGAGCAUAUUAGUUGCUAUUUCAUAUCAAAGGGUACUCAGUGAAGUACUAAAUUGAAAAGGUUUCCAAGCAGUAAAUUUACUGUACAUAAUGAAUGUUUCAUGUUUUGUGCCAGAAAAGAUAAAAUAGCUGUAUAUAAAAGUUCUUUAUAAAAGCAGCAAAACUGAGCAAAAACACAUUAAAAAUGGAAUCUAAAAUCACAGAAACCACAGCAAAAGACAUUGGAUUAACAGUAUGGAGAGCGGGCAAUGUAUAUGAGUAAAGCAGAUUAAUGUAAAUUGGAAUUAUCCAUGUAACCUGUCCAAAUGGAAGAUAAAUCACUGUGGGCCUCACUUGCACCUAUGGAAAUCUAUUCAUUUCAAGAGGUAGCAUGGAUGGAAAACUGAACUAGUAGCAAAAUUUGGUCCUCUGAGCCAAACUGUGACUCAGAAUUAGAUCAAAACCAAGUCUAUAACUGUUAACUUUUUAAAAACUAUAUCUUCAUGCUGGAUACAAAGGCACAUUUUGGACAUCCAUGAUACAAACCGGAACCAAGUUAUAGAUAGAAUUUGAGCUCUAACUCUGAACUUUCUUGUGUUAAUUUCUUGGGUUUAUAGUAGAUGCUUAUUUAUAUUUUAAAAUAAUUUUGGGAGGUUAAUUUCUUUUAUUUUAUUUAUUGUCACGGAUAUUAAAAAUGUUUCACUGACAUGCUGUUGUCAAAGGCAUAAUAGGAACCAAUGCCAUAUCAGCCAACAUGGUAAGUGUUUGUAGAAGUGUUUUGUGUAAUUUUAUUAAUAUUCAUUCAUAACUAGCAUUUCAGUAAAUCUCCAUUGUGCAUAUCCCCACAAAAUGGUCUUAUUAUAAAAAUAGUUUGGCUAGAUUUUGUGCUGUAGUCCUAAUGUAUAUCAUUUGCCUAGAAGGAGGUCCUAACACAGUAGAACCGGAGUCCAAAACGGCCAUCAUAGAACAGCUGCGGAGCAGGAAGACCAGAAUCCUGCCUGUGGGCUGUGGUGUAGGUUCUGACCCCAUCAUCUACUCACAGAUGCUCAAACCAAGCCUCUUUACUCAUGCAUUUGUUGGUAUUUGGGCAUGGAACUGUCCACGUUCCCUGUGUACAGGCUCCUUUGGUGAAUAUAUAUUAAUAACACCUUAUAUUUACAUACUACGGAUUGAUAGACUUUGCACAUUCUCUUGAAAUGGAUUGUUAAAUGAAUACCAAAUGCAUGUUAAAUUGGAAAAGUCAUUACUGUGCUUUCACAGUAGUUGUUUUUUCAAGCCCUCAUAUCUCAUCUUUUUAACACCCAAAUCUAUAGUAUACCUUAACUAGCAAAAAUGAAAAAGACUAUAAUUUUGUUGCCUAAAAAGAGCAUUAAAAAUCACAAACAAAAUAAUUUAAAUGCCAACAUUCAUCCAGAACAAAUUACUACUUUUUUAAUCAUCUCCUUUCAAAGGGCUAUAGCACAUGUACACCCAUAAUCCAACGUUCAUGCUGGUACAACACAUAUUUUGGCUACUAGCACUGUGGCCCUACUAACAAUAUUGGUGCUUAGUAGGGACUGCUAGAAUACCUAACAGCAGUUAGUAAUGUUAAUUUUUUUGUUAUCCAUAAUGUAUCUUAUUUAAUGGGACCUAGCUGCAAAUUAUGAAUUAAAUGUAAUUGCACUGCACUUUUCUGAAUGCAGGGUAUUCUCAAAAUUAUUAUUAGAAAGUAUUGAGAAAAUGUUACUGCAUUGUAUCUCAAUUUACCCCCCAAGUACCCAAAACAGGUCAAAAACCAAAUGGACCCUUCUUUCCCAGGUAUGUUAUUUAGUGUCUUUUUUCCCUCUGUAUGACAUGAAUAUUGCCAUGAAUUCAGCAAUGACCUUGGGCUGUUACCCUUCCUGAUGACUAUUGAUUCAACUUUAUUAUAUCAACAGCUACAUUGUUAUGUUAUUGCACUGAUCAAGAAAAGGAAAAAAGAAAAGAAUACACAUAUAUGCUUUUUUAUUUCAUGCUUAUUCAUGAUUAAUGACACUGAUUUCUCAAUGUUUAGAAUAGAAUAUUGUUUAAAAUCUUCUACAUGUUGUCAAAUUGUAUGACAGCUAGACAUUAGGCCAUGAUCCUGCAAGCACUUAUUCAUGUACUUAAUUUUACCUGCUAUAAGCAAACCCAUUUACUUUACUGGACUGGGCCCUAAAUUUGCCUCCCAUGAAAGACUGUACAAACCAAAUACUCCAUAAAAAGCCUUAUAUAACUAAUUUGGAUGAGGAGAUUGUCUUGAGAUGUCUCUCUGCAGUACUUCAGUCAAAAAGGAAACGAGGAUAAAAUGUAGGAACUUCUGGGUUCUAAUCCCAACUCCUACCAUUGAAUUCCUAUGUGGCCUCAGUAAAUUGUUUAGGCCAAAAUUAUUAAGAAAUGGCUUCUAAUUUUAUAUAACUCAAUUUUUAGUGUCCAAAUUGGGGUAUCCAUCUGUCAGGGCACUCAUGAAGUUCAAACAAGUGUUUGCUGCUUCUCGUUGGAGGCACAGGCAGCCAGAGGCAGCCAAGAAGAAAAAUAGCCUGAUCAGGUAUGAGAGGCAGUAAGAAACAGCACAGCCCUGAGCUGUGGAGACUGGGUAAAUUUUCCCAGCCUGGGGCUAUGCUGGGAAUGCACACAAGUGUUUGUUAGGCCAGGUGAAUUAGUUUGAUAGGCCCCUCUGUGUUCUUGCCUGAUGAGAACUGGCUUUAUAUCAGGAUCAUUUUUCCAGUGGCAUAAAUCCUGUGAAAACUUCUCUCCCCUUCCCCUCUCUCACCAGGCAUUUAGAUUGCCCUAAGCUUGUACAUACCUCAUAUGACCACCUUUUCAAAAUAGAAAGGUGGGACACAUGCCUGUCUUCCCCCCCUAUGCCCUCUGCCAGUGGCAUGGCCAGAGCAGAGCUGAGCUGAGCAGAGCAGGGGCAGAUGCAAGCUGCCCACUAUGGGCUCGGGGCUCCCCACCCUGCUGCCUUUCCCUCAGGAGCCCCACACUAGCCAUGCACCCCCUGCCUGCCCAGCAGCAGCAGAUGGCACAGGUCCAUGCCACUGCCACUGCCCUACAGCUGCCAUGCAGGUAGGGAGCGCCUGGCCAUGGUGGCAUGGCCAGCGUGGGGCCCCUGAGAGGAGGGCAACAGGGGGGAGAGCCCUGAGCCCACAGCAGGCAGCCUGCAUCCGCCUACUCCACACGCAGAUCUGGGGGGCAUGUGCACACAGUGGCAGGGAGCCACCCCCAAUGCCCCCUGUACAAGCCACCAUGGCUCCAUCCUGGUCCAUGCCCCAGCCCCUGGCCCCAUGUACUGCCCUGGCUGGCCAGCACCCUCAGCCCCUACCCCACUUCCUCCCUCCCUUUGGGGGCCUUGAUCUGUCCUGUCUCCUCCCCCAUAGAUUUAGCUGCAGGGAGCUGCUCUCCACACUGCCUGGCUGUAUUCCCAGCCGCAUGCAUGUGUAUGGGCAUGUACAUGCACAUGGCACCUCCUGCAUCCUGGAUUGCUUCCAGCCUCCAAGGGGAUAUCUGCUGUUUCCCACAGUGAAUGGAAAACCUGGAUCUGUGCAUGACACUGAAUUCGGGACAAAUGAUGUCCCAGAGUCAUGCAGCCCCAGACCAGGACUUGAUGUUCCCAUUCUGGGACUGUCCUCCCUAGUUAGGGAUGGGUGGUCAUGCUAUACAUACCCAUAAUCAGAGGCCAUCUUUGAAGACUGUAAGUCGUAAUCUGUAACUGUUUCCCCGUCUCUCAAAUGUGGCUAUUUCUUCCCUGUCUCUGAGAGGUCUUAUGAGGAUUAGCUAAUGUUUGUAAAGUGUGUUCAAGAUGCAAAGAACUCUGCAAGUGCUACACAUUAUUUAUUAUUAAGACUGCAAGUGUAAUUCUAGUUCUCAUAUUUUCCAAGUAUUGUUUCAGAGAGCAGAAGUCAGACACAGGCCAGACCAGAAUUUCAGCAGCACUUAGCAAGUUGGACAGUGUGAAGGGCAGGUUGCUACUUUCCCCCCACUCACAUCCACAUGAGUUACUUCGGGAUGGAAAAUGUUGGUACAAUAUAAGAACUGAAACUAAGCUGGCUUUGAUUACGCUGUUCUGAAUAGAUGCAAUGUCCUAGUUUCUAGAAUUAUAUCUUUUCUUUGUUUUACUAUAACAUUUUAAAGAAAGAAGUAUUGUACUGCUAACCUACAUGGCCUGUUUUUUGUAUGAGAAAGCAAGGAUCAUAUCUGAUCAAAUAAAUUUUAGUUGCAUCUCAUUUGUAGAUGCUGAAUACAGUCUAUGGGAGGCACGUCUGGUGGGAAUGCUUAAGCUUAGAGCUAUUAAAUAGAUCGUACUGAUUUCACUGAUAUGAACAGUUUGGGAAAAUAAAACGGACUUAAUGAGGGUUGCUAAAUGUCAUAUCCAUAAAUCCUUCUGCAUUAUAUCAGCUGUCUAAAAAGCUUUAAUGCACAUGCAAUUCACUAAGACAUCAAAGACUUAAUUGACUAUUGUGACAACUAAAGCUUCAGAAUUAUCUGUGUACCACUAACCAUCAUUCAUUUCCUGUAUUUCGAUGUAUGGAAUAGAUAAAGUCAGCUGCUAUACUGUACAAUAUAUGAACACAUCUGGUAAGAUUACACCAUGUUUAAAUUGCUAAUAAAUAUAAGAUAUUGUAUGAUCUUAAGGUGUUGAAUGAACACCAGCAAUGUGUUUUAACUGAGUUGUGUGGAUUUUAGUGUCAAAGUGUUUGUUUUCUAACAUUUAAUAACUUCUUAAACCAAGUCUUAUUGUUCAGGUAUGUUGAACCCUUUCUUCUCUUCUCAAACAGCAUGUAUUCAGGACACUUUGGUAAGUGUGUUUGUUGGCAAACAAGGCCACUAUAAUCUUAAGUAUACAAAAAUCCAUCUUUAUUUAAAAAGAGCAUUAUUGAUAAAGUAUCAACUCGGAUCUAAGAGGCUGCACUAUCAGUUGAUUUAGAGGGCACACUUAUAAAGGUUCCUGAAUAAGUGCUUGAGACCCAAAUUAAAUUUAUAAAAGUAGAUUGUGGAUAAAGAAUUACAAAAUUUAAAUGUCGUAACAGUUAUUAAAUGGUAAAAAGGUACUCUUUGCUGUAAAUUUAAAUAUUUAUACAUUUUUGUAGAAUUAAAAUAUACCAGUUUAGUUUUC